UUCUUCAAUUCUUGAUUCUGAUUCUUCAAUUCUUAAUCCUCUUCUCUCAACUCCUAAUUUUGACUCUUUAAUUCUUAAUCCUCAAAAUGAAAAUAUUCCCAAAAAUUAUUCUGAAGACGAUAUUGUUAAUAAACUUAAAAACAAAAGAAUAUCACCUGUUCAUGACUAUCUUGAUAUUAAUGACAGUGGUAUCCAUAUUUGCAAAGUCUGUUCUGAUAAUCUGGAUAUUAAAGAAAAUGAAAUUG